AUGUCUACAGAAUGUACCCAAAUAUUUUUUCCAUCCGAUUAAUAAAACGAGGAGGGAUACAUUAUUGGAUUCAACACAAGAGGGUUUAACUUUACUAUAUUACAAAUUAUAAAUAAUAAAAGUAUUGAAGAAAUAGAAAAUCAAUUAAACAAUUGGGAUAAGCAAGAGAGGAUUCAACUGAUUUGUGGAGUAAAUUUGAAUAUUAACAGUUUAGACGAAAUUACAGGUGCUAGGAAUAGUAGGCAAGAAAAGCGAUUAAUAAUUCAGAGAAACUUGGUUGUGGUUAAAAAAUAAUAAAUUGGAAGAGUUGAUGAUAUGCGGAUAUAAAUAUUAAACAAAGUGCACAAUAGUUUAUUAUGAUAAGUUGGUAUAGAAUUAGAUAAUUUCGAAUGAAAUCGAUAAUUGUUUGGAUCCUAAUCAUAAAUCAAUCUUAACAAUAAAUCCAAUGAUAGCAUUUGACUAAAGUCACUCAGAGGAGAUCACUAAAAUAUGUGAUAAGGACAAAUUGAAUGAAUUAGAUUAUUCAUUAAUACAUAUUAAUUGGAGAUAACAUAUUUUGAGAGAGUUCAAUAAGUAUAUUAACAAUAAACCCAAUUCUGAAGACAAAUAUUACUAUUGCUAUCUACGAAAUGAUACUAUAAACACUUUGUUGAAAAUCAUUCUCAAGAUUACAUAUUUUUAGAAAAUAGUAUUCUAAUUUGUAAUAAAAAUUAUGGAAUUUAGAAUUAUGGGCAAGAAUCUCUAAGAUUUCGGUUUCUUAUCUUACACUAUGAAAUAAGUGAACUUCAAGUUUAAUUUAUUUAAUAAAUGGAAUGAUCAAGCAGGAGAAUUAGUAUCACAGCACUAGCCUUUAUUUAUAUCUAAUUUGAAGUAUAAUUAUCAUAAGUUGUUCUCAGGUAUCUUAUUUGUGUUUUUGGAUAUAUUAUUUGGUGUAUUAAGUUUGUUAAUACUUUAUUAUAAUGUGACACAAUUGAGAGACUUCCUACAUAAGUAUGGUUCUAGUAUUCACAUAGAAGUGUUAUCAAAAGAAGUUGAAUGGUUGAUGGGAUUUCCUGCAGGACUCAAAACCAACAAGCCUUUAAAUUAUGUUUUGGGAUAGAUGAUUAUGUAUAUAAUUGUCCUAUGGAAUCAUAUUACAACAUUCAUUACACCAUAUGAAAACAUUUUAUUAAGAGCUGUAAUGAUAUUUGGACUGUUUGGAUUGAAUUUUGAAUUGUCCUUGGCUAUCGAUAUUAUAUCUUUAUGCACAAUUCAUGUUUAUUACAUAUAUAAAAUGUUGAUGGUAAUUUAUAGAUAAUUAUGGGUGAUGAUAAUUUGUUUUUAUCGAAUAACCUAAAAUAAGUUCAUUAACAAAUUUAGAAACAAACUAGAAGAUCAUCCCUUUUUAUGGGAUCAAAAGAUUAUCUCUAUGUUUUUAGGUUUCUUUUUACUUAUGAUGAUACCAACAGUUUCAUUGUAUUAUUUUUGGUUCUUGUUGAUCGUCAUAUUCAUCUAUCUAGUAAAAUUAACCUUGAUUAGUUUUCAAAGGAUAUUCAGCAAAUUUCCAUUAUUUUUAUUAUGUUCUUAUUUAUAUCUACACAAUAUUCCUUAAAUAUUGGAGAUGAAUAUUUAAUAAAUUUAAAAUAAUACUGUGAUAGUAAAGAUGAUUUAUAAGAAGGUGAAAAUUACUUAAGUAAUAAAAUUGAAUAGUAAUUUAUAUUAAUAUUCUAGAAUUGGUGACUCUAAAAUAACAAUUUAAUAUAGCUUAAAUCAUUAAAUCAAUAUUCGUUGGCUAAGAUAUUAUGAUAAAAUCAAAAACCUAGAAAACAGCGAUUAAAUAAAUUAAACACAGUGUAGAUCAUUUGGUACAAUUAUGA